AGCAAGUCAACAAAAAUUGUUUGAAUUGGUUCGGGAGAUUUAAAAAAGAAAAUUUACCAGCCCGCCUGGGAGGUAGGCAACCCAUCGUCCAUCGCUCAGAUGGUGCUGCUGGUGUGCUGCUUUUCAGGAGGCGACGUACACGGUUAAAUUUUUCAAAAAGGUCCAAAUCCUGUAGCCCAAAUUCAAAAUUGACUUCAACAACCAAACGAAAUAUCUACGGAACCGUAUGCCGUGGCAUCAAAGCACAAAAAUACGAUACUUGCGAAUGCCCUAAAAAAGCCCAACUCGAGAUUUGAACGAUAGGGGCACAUCCCGCUCUUAGUGCGAAUAAGAGUUUUACCUGGUUUUACGCUUUUGUCUUGUUUCCUUACCAGUCAUUUGUUUUGCUGAAUCGUCGUCUGCCAUCAUCAAACCAAAACAACAACCUGCUUGCUUUAAGUUUCGUGUACUUUUUUUUAGAAAAUAAUGAUUUAUUCAUCAACUGAUUUUUUUCAAGACUCUACUUUUCAAGAAGAAUUCUGCAAAUGAUUUAUUGUUUUGCAUUAGGAACUACAUGCUGCGAUUUCGGUCUUGUAUGCGCCGACGUUUUGCCUCAAGCGAAGCUCUAACCUCUGAGGGUUUAAACCUUUAACGCUCAACGUGUCUUGUUUUCAACAGAACCACUAUUUAAUAGUCGUUAAAUAUCAAAAAUAAAAAUGGAACAUCGAAGUAUUUUGACUGCUGCCCCUAAAUAUGGAACAGAUCAACUCAAAGAUGAAGUGAAAAGUGUGCUGGAAUACCUCGGUCAAGAGGAAAUGGGCAAAAAUUUAAACCAAGCAAUACUUGCAGUUUGUGGACGUUUUCUUCUUGGAGAUCGACUGUUAUCAUCUACAUCAGAGAAGAGAAAAGCUCUUCAAACUCUCUCGACUCUACUACGCACUUUAAAUACCGCCAUUCUGGAACGAACUGGAAAGCUUCGAGUUGAUGCCACUCUCUCUAAAUGUGCAAUGACAGUUGCGUUGUCAGAACUACGUGAUUUAUCAAGUGGUACAGACAAUUGUUUAACUCUUUUAUGUGAUGUUCUUAGACAAUCCCUGAAAUUGAUGGAAGAAGGGGAAAGAGAAGAAUGGAUAUCGUCAGUUAAGACAGAAUGUGAAAAUGCUCUCAGUGCAGAAGUCUUUGGGGAGGUGACAUCAAAUGUUACAUCUUUGAAAGCAGAAGCUUGUUUGCAUAUGUUAGAAAUUGUACUGGAAUCUGUGGUUUCAUCAUAUCCACAGAAAGGAUCUGAAUAUGAUGAUGAUCAGAAAAGCCCAACCAAUGAUCUUAGCCCUUUUAUUAAUACAUGUAAUAUGAAAUUGCAUCAGAUUUUUGUUCGAAUGGUUCUUGGACAGAAUGAAGGGCAUAGAGCACAUUUAUUAGUAGUGCUUAUACCACUUCUUGUAAAGGUGGAAGGUUCAGUCCAGCUUUUACGAGAGUUGUGGGAUGCGUUAUGUGGACUGGACUGUGAUGAAUCUGGUUUCCGAUCCCUAGGAACUGUUUGUGCACUUGCAGAUUUCUUCCUUCCUGUUGAAAAUAGAUCACAUCGGCUUAAGCGCUUUCCUCUUGUAGACCGCCCAAAGUUCUGGCGUCUCCUUCAAAAUGGAAUCUGUGCCCAGCAACCUCUGGCUCGCAAACAAGCCUUGUACCUGUUAAAACGUGCUAUUGAUGAACUUGUCCGAAGUGGCAAAUCAGUAAAUAUCACUGAGCUUGAAUGGGAUGUUAGUAGUGCCAAUGCUCUUCAAGCAGCAUGGCAAGACUUGUUUCUAAUCCUUGAGGCAUUAGAGGAGGCCCAAGCACAUUUAGUUCGUCCAGUUUUAAACAUACUGAGCCGGCAGUUAAAUUCUCACAACACUAAGAAAAAAUGUAUCAGUCUUCCAUGGAUGUUAUGUGCUUUCCAGAGAGUGUUGCUUCAUCCAAGUCAAGUUAUCACCAUGUGGGGUAUUGAGGUCCUUUUGGGACCUGAUGGCUGCAAUGUACUGGCAGGAAGAGAAGCCCAGACAUUCUGCAGGUUUAUCAUCAAGUCCGUUUUACCAUCACUAAACUCUGCAACAUUAUUCAGUGCAGACAGCACAAUUUUUAAAACUUUGACGGAAUUUUUCUGUCUAGCAUCUAGGCAAGCUGGAGCAAAAAACUUUUUUUCCCAACUUCUACAUGCUCUAUCAAGUAUGCCAUGGAGUCCAGUUCCUCUCUUUUAUAUCUCUGAAGCCCUUGCCCAAGUUCCUCCUGUGGCAUGUUGGAGUUCAAGGGAUUUAAGGGAAAUGCAGAAACUGGUGUCUGUCACACUCCAAACUCAAAGCAUCAUGAUCCGUUCUGCUACUCAAAGUAGGCUUCUAAUGAGCCUGACUCAUCUUACUGACCCCCAACAAUUAGACCUCAAUGUUGUGUGUGAUCUCCUUGCUGCGUUUAACAGAGACGAAUGUUUACGCCGUGGAACUGAAGCUUGGCUUGGGGUAGUUCGUUGGUUGUGUAAAUUUGUUGAGAGUAACUGUGCCAUUUCAUGGUUGACUAGUGUUAUUUCAAAUCCUAGCAAGCCUGAAUUAGCUCUGGCCCGGUUAGUAGUACUCCUUUUGGAUGCUAGAAAACUUGACAACUUAGAUGUUAUUGCACCCAUUCUUGAAGCAAUUGAAGAUUGUGAAGCACGUCUUUAUGCAUCACAGGGUUCUCAAAAUUUCUGUAUGCAAUUGUUAGCUCAUCUGAUUCAAGAAAGUGAACCUCUGCCAAUACAUUCAGAGGAAGAUAACACCAGACAAAUUGUAAUUUCCUUUACCAGAGGUGCGCUUUCAAACUGCUUGUCUCUUUCUGGAGUCCGUCUGAAGAAUGCAUAUGAAAUGGCAGAAUAUCACCAAACAGAAAGUUUCCUGCAGUGUCUAGAAAUUCUAUUUUUAGAUCCGGUCACUCUCCCUUUGCUUGCCUCACUGAAUCUUGAGGCUCUACUACAGGCUGCUGUAGACAUUCUUAAAUCCUUUAGUGAAAAACCUCCACUGCAAGUUUUUUAUGCUGUUUCAAUUUUUAAAUUUAUUGCAAUUGUUCAAGAACAUUCUUGUCUUGACCGAGUGAGACCGAUAUUGUCUGAAGCUUUAAAUGCUGUCUUUACCUCUGGUCAGUUAGCUCGGCCGUUAAUAACACACAGAGACUCCAAACUUCCUCAGGAAGUGUUGGAACUUCAAGGUCUCUUAGUUUCAACUCACACACAGAUGGUUUGGGAACUGCUUGCUGCAUCGCCUGAAGCAUUUAAAGGAUUAGAUGACGAUGCAAUAUCUGUAGUUCUUGAUGCUGCAGAGGUUACAUUAGAAUUUGGAGGACGCACUGCUAUUGCUCCUUUGCUCCUUUCAUUAAAACACUUGUUAUCCCGACUUCCAGCCAAUUUACAAUCUCAUGGAGCCCGACUUUUAGAGAACUGUUGGAAUGCUGUUCUUGACCUGAGAAGAAAUGAACUAUUUUGGCCCGCAUUGAACGCUUUCAUUUCAGCAUUAAUGCAGACAUCUAUAGUAAUUGAACCAGGCUGGGCUUCAUCACUAUCUUUAAAAUGUGGGCAAGAGCUACUUCAGCUUGGUGACUCUGUCUGUGGGGUUGCCAACCUUCUAGUAUUGUCCUUACAAUCAAUGGCACAAGAAUCACUCCAAUCUCUUCUACUGAGUCCGCUAAGAAGCUUAAUUGUUAGUGCCCUUAUAUUUGGACCUGUUCAUCGAAAAGAUCAAAGGUCCACAAAUGAUACUUGUAAGUUUAUAAAAAGUCUAGGGGAGCGGUGUUCAGCAAAUAUGUUGAUUCCCUUUGGUGAUCGAUCAGAUGCUGCUGUUCGUGCUGUAGCUUUACAGAUCAUAUUUUGUUUAGGAUGUAGAAAAGAGUCAUGGAGAGAAAACAUAUCUGACCAAAUAGUUGUAGAUUUGCUAGAAAGAGAUAGAGCUCCACAACUGAGGCGUAGUCGUUAUUUUGGCGACUCACAAAUUCAUCGAUUUAAAAACAGAAUUCUGCAAGCUCUUUUGAUUUUGGAACCAAGUUUAUCCUCUGUAACUAAAAGAUUGCUUUUUAAAUGGACCAAAGAAAACCUAACAACUGAAAACCAUCAACCAAGUGUGAGGUACCAGACAGAGUGGCUCCUAGUACGUCUGUUGCACUCAAGGGCUGAGGAAGUUGAGGAUUUCUUUGAAAUAUUACGAAAGGGCACUGAUCUUCGAGCAAGUGCUGUUUGUUCACUUGUUGGAGUUCUCUUUCACACAGCUUUAAUGAUUGAAGCAUCCGCGUCAUGGACUCAUUCUGAGAUUGAACAAUACUUUCAUAAUGCAAUGGAGACUCUGGUGCCAUUAUCUAUGGCUCAGCAUUUCAAUGUUCGCCUUCAUGCUCAAGUUGCCAUUCUCCAAUUAUGGCAGUGUGUAAAUCGCCUGAAUCUGCAGAGUGUUCAAGCUCUGUAUGAUGUUGUUGUUCGAAGUGUGUGUACUAGCUUACAACAAGCAAGUGGUGCUGGUCACACAAGACAUCAACAUGAUUUUUACUUCCAUGCUUUCCAUCCAACCAAGUACUAUACACUUCAGACAAUUUUUGAAGAACUACCGCGCCUUGCAAGUGUUACUAGUGAUGAGUGGAUAAGUGUUGAUCACCUAGUGACUGCAGGAUUUAGAUGCAAUGCAGGUCAUAUUGCCUUAAGAAACCCUGAUGAUCGACUGAAAGAAUUCCAACCCUCUCCAUGGGUGCAGCGGCCAUUGGGUACAUCAGAUCUGGAUAGCACUGACAGCACAGUAUUCCAAAAAAAAAUGAUACCUUGGAAGUGGAUGGACCCAACAGAGGACUUAGUUCAGUCACUACCAGAGUCUCUUCAGCAAAGCAAACAGCUGGCGAGGCUGUCUCAGAUGGAUCAAAAACCAAGUCUUAUUGUAGUGGCUUCACUCAUAGACAAAGCUCCAAAUCAGGGGGGCUUGGCACGCACUUGUGAAAUUAUGGGGGCAGCAUUGGUUUUACCAAGUUUAAGUUGUGCACAAGACCGUGAGUUUAGGGCACUCAGUAUGUCGGCGGAAAUGUGGAUCCCUAUGUGUGAGGUUAAACCAUUUCAACUGCCCCAAUUUCUUGCUGAUAUGAAAAGUUUAGGCUAUACUUUGGUUGGUGCUGAACAAACUGCUGGUAGCAGCCCUUUGAAUAACACUAGCUUUCCUGAACACACUGUUCUUCUACUUGGAAAUGAACGGGAAGGCGUGCCUGCAAAUAUAUUACCUUUACUGGAUCAGUGUGUGGAGGUUCCUCAAUGUGGCGUAGUGCGCUCUCUAAAUGUACAUGUUACUGGGGCCCUCUUCAUGUGGGAAUAUGCUUGUCAACAUGUCUUUAAAAAAGAGAAUGUCAUGUAAAGUAAAUUUGUGUGACCAAUACUAAACAGAUCUUUACAUUCAACAAUUGACAAACUUAGUGUUACAAUUGGAGGGACCAUUUUUAAAUAAUCUUUUGUUGGUCUCUUGUUAUGCUCAUUGCAUACGUUGUUUUUAUCCAUAUUUCUAUUUACUAGAAUCUUUAAUAUUUUCUGUUCAGUUACAGAAUGUAAAUAAUUGUUUUUCACCUUUUCUCUCUUUGCUUACCAGCUAAAAUGUAAUUUUAAAAACCCUUCCAGACCCAGACAUUGAAUUAGCAUAUCAUUUAAUAAAUUUUUCUUUCUAGACGAGUGAUGUGAUAUAGAAAGUAGAACUUUUGCCCAAAAUGAAAAUGUACUGUGUGGUUCUAAGCCAAAACCAGCUAAACAAACUGUGAUCUAUCUAAUUACUACAUUGCUCCAAUUCAGCAAUACCUACUUUUAUCCCCUUUAUCCUGUGAUGCUGCAUGUAGUGAAAAUUUAACCAAUGCUAUGUAAGCAAUAAGUUGUGUUUUGACAUAUCACUGUGUGUUUAUUAAAAACGGAUAUGAGUAAUAAAACAAUACAAGACAUGAA